GGAGACCAGAUAUAGUGAAUGCAGGGUCCUGGGAGACCAGAUAUAGUGAAUGCAGGUUCUGGGGAGACCAGAUAUAGUGAAUGCGGGGUCCGGGGAGACCGGAUAUAGUGAAUGCGGGGUCCGGAGAGACCAGAUAUAGUGAAUGCGGGGUCCGGGGAGACCAGAUAUAGUGAAUGCAGGGUCCGGGCAGACCGGAUAUAGUGAAUGCAGGGUCCGGGCAGACCGGAUAUAGUGAAUGCAGGGUCCGGGGAGACCGAUAUAAUGCUCUCAUGAACAUCGUUGGAUCGGAGGGGACUCGGGUA